ACCCAAAACCAAUCCUAAAGCCUCAUUAUUCAACAUAGUCAUAUAACUCAAAUCACUCUAAAAAAAUGGCAACAACAACAUCAACUCCUUUCCUUUCAUCUUCUCCAAACCUUUCUUCUCCAUUUUCAUCAAAAAGAAGAUCAUCAUCACGAGCUUCGAGAACAAUAACGUCGGCAAUGGGAAGAGAACCCCAAGAUAGGAACUACUACAAUGGUCGUAUUGUAGACGAGAACUUAAUUGUUCUUCGUAAGAGAAUUCACGAGAUGAAGAUGAUCGAGAGAAAUUAUGAGCCUCCAGUUGAAUGGAUGGAAUGGGAAAAGAGUUUAUACACGAACUACGACUCGAAUAUUUGCCAUGCAUUAGGAUUGUUACAAUCCCAAUUGAUGGAUACAAGACCUAGCUUGGUUUUGGGCAUGGCUGCACUUAUUGGAUUAAGUGUGCCCACUUCAACUAUUGUGAUCUUGUUUCAUUUGAUUGAGUUAACCAAGGGGAUUUUAGCUGGAUAAUAUAAUUUCUUGGAGUUAAUUCUGUAGCGGCUCAAACUCAAUUUUCAAAACAUUAUCCGCUUUGAUUUGAUCAUUCAAUCUUUGGGGCUUCACUGUUUUGUUUUCAAGAGACGUCUCGACAGUUGAAUUAUUGAUCCCCACUUAUAGCUUGUUACAACUUCAUUUUUAUUUUCUUCUUGGGAUAUGUUUUAAUCAUUCCAAGGUUAAGAUUUCUUAGAUUUUCAUUUGGUAUGUAAAAUAUAUAUAACACAAGAACUAAUACAAAAUAUAUUUAUUCUUUUCA